CACGCUUCCCUUGCCUGCUGUUGCUUGGAAUGCGCUUGCAAAUGGAUUGUCAGCGGCUAGCUUGAGCGGGAUUGGUCGCUUAGGAUGUUUGUCGGAGUGUUUUGAUCGCCGCUCAUCUCUUACGGUGCAGCCUUCAUCAUUUAUUUUCUCAGUUGUGUGGGCUGGGUCUAGAGCAAGUUGUUAGUAAGAGAACCGCGAUUCUCAGGCGCUUAUCUGCAGAAUAUUAUUCAUACAGUAAACAUCGAAUACACGCAGAAAAACAAUGGGAGUGGAAGGUUGUACCAAGUGCAUAAAAUAUAUGCUUUUCGUCUUUAACUUCAUUUUCUGGCUGGCAGGAGGUGUAAUACUUGGAGUUGCAUUGUGGCUCCGACAUGAACCUAAAACCACUGGCAUUUUAGAUUUGAAGUUUGAAGAUAAAGUAGCCCCAAGUACCUUUUUCAUUGGGGUCUACAUUUUGAUUGCAGUUGGAGCUGUGAUGAUGUUUGUUGGCUUCUUGGGCUGCUACGGUGCCAUCCAAGAAUCACAGUGCCUUCUGGGAACUUUCUUUGCCUGCUUGGUAAUUCUGUUUGCAUGUGAAGUUGCUGCUGGAAUCUGGGGAUUUGUCAACAAGGACCAGGUUGCCAGUGAUGUUAAGUUAUUUUAUAAUGAAGCGUACAAUAAAGCUAUGACGGCAGAAACAGAGCAAUCUAAACAAGCCAGAACUGUGUUGAAGACCUUCCAUGAGACACUGGAGUGCUGUGGAACACUUUCGCUAAGAGGAACGUUUGUUAAACUGACCCCAGCUAUGUGCUCUCGUGGGUACACAGAGAAUUUACUUAGUGGGGACUGUCACGAAAAGAUUGACGAAUUGUUCAGUGUUAAGAUAUACUUGAUUGGAAUUGCAGCCAUUGUUGUGGCAGUGAUCAUGAUCUUUGAAAUGAUCUUCAGUAUGAUUCUUUGCUGUGGAAUACGGAACAGUUCUGUCUAUUGAAAUGAAAGAAAAAGAGAAGACUGCAUUUUAAAGCCGUUGCAGGUCGUCUGAAAAAAAUAAAUAAUCCAUGGAACUGUACAUAUAUAAAUAUAUAUAAAUAUUCAAAGUAUUACUACAUGUGCUUACUGUUGGACUUUUAUUCUAAACAUCUUUUUUUAUAAUCUUCUUUACCCGUGGCUAGACAGUACAUGGUUUUGCAUGGUAAUGGCUCCAUGUUUGCUGAUAUAUAUGUAGGUAUAUAAGACAGCUUUUUUCCUUCUACUCUAAGGACUCCUUUUAAAAUUGGUACUUGCUUGCAAAAUACAUUUGUGGAGCAAAAAAGCAGUUCAGGGACUUGCAGACUCAAGGCACCCUUCUUUUGUCAGGUUAUUGCCAUGUUGCUGUUUAGUCAUGCCUGAAGAUUUCCCAGCAUGGGUGUAGUGUGCGAAUGAAAACAGUGAUCAUUUGACAUAUACCAGAAGUAUAUAUUUUGCACGGCAUCCUUUUUUAAGCCCCUUAUAAUCUUAGAAUUGAACAAGAGUCUAAAGCUUUACACUUGAUUAGUCUACUGGAUGAGUCUAUACUAGAACAUCGAUAAUUAGUAUAUCAUAAGUAAACAGUGAUGUAAAAUGUUGUAACCAGCAAAAAUAUUGUACAGGAUUAAAAGACAUUGUCCUUCUCUCUGUGACAUGAGGAAACCUGCUCCAGAUAAUUGGUCUCCAAAUAUUUUAUGUGCAGAAGCUAUUAAAAUAAAAAAGCUCACCUUUUUAUUCUGAAUUGCCUUGAUGUAGGAGACACCAUUCUGUCCAAAUGAUAAUUCCACAGUCAGUCCAGUAUAAUGUCAACAUUAAGGUUUUUUGCUUAAAGAUAAGCAUUAAAGUUUACUCUUCCUCUGAGGGAUAUGAAGAAAAGAUUUGGUGGUUUUUAAUGUUCAUUUGAAAUAUAUUACAUUAUAAAUCUGAAUACAUAAGCAGCACAUCUCUGUUUUAAAUCAAGUAACAUAUGCUGCUUCCCUGUAAUUGUCUUACUAAUUAAUUUACCAUAAAAUACGUUUUCAUUACCAGCACCAUUAUCCUCUAUGCAGUGUAUAUGUUUUGGGAAAACACAUCGAUAUGUUUUAAGUAAUUACCAUCCUGCAGUCAUUUUGUUAGGUGUUGACACUAAUUCAGUUUAUUUUUUGCUUGUCCCUUGUGGCCUGUUUGUAGGUUACAAUAUAUUUUCAAUGUCUAAAUUUUGUUUUGUUUAAUUUCUGUACUUUAUUGAAUCACAUUCCAUGGCUUUAGACUCUUUAAUACUGACUUCAUUUAAUAAAGAUGAUUUCACGUCAGAGGUUUGUCACAUCUAUUAAAAUAUCCAGUUCAGUCUAUAAUUCCAAAAAAUAAAAUUAAAAAAAAAAAAACUUCUUGCUCUCUGUAUUAUGCACUGCAGCCGUCAGUGUUAGGUUUUUCUUGACCAUCAUCUGAAACUCAGUUAUUGGAUUUUGUAGUGUUUUUUGGAAGUUUCCCCAACAUGUACCAACAGAAGCAGUUGUAAGGGUUCUGCAUUAAUUUUUUUUUAAGCUUGGGUGACGUCUAUGUUUUAUGAUAUUUUCAACAUUUUUACAAAGUUGUAAGUGAUUUGAUUGCAGCACACAACCAAAUAACAUUAUGACUAAGUUGUUUAAAGUAUGUUUUGGUACUCUAAUAUUUGUACUGCACUUCACUGGCUUUAAAACGGGAACGUAUAAGCAAGUGACUGUGGUAUCAUGGGUGAAUAAGGUAACUUUUACCCAUUCAAUCUGUCUCCGUGUAUAAACUUGUAGUAUUCAUAGUAGCAUUACCCUUUCUGCUCCUACAUCUAUGUUUGCAUCUUUAUAAACAAAUAAUAGCAGAUAUACAUUGUUGUAAAAACAUACUCUAUUUUGUUCAACUAAAUUAAUUUCUUAUGUCACAGAGUCAGUUCCCGCUUGACUUUUGGAUGCAAUCUCUUUAUAACUUUGUGUGCAGUACAGUGUUCACUCUUAACUGUUUUAAGUCUUUUUACUAUGAAAGUUUGCAAAACAAGCCCUUUGUUCACAAAAUGAUCCCUUGAGUCACAAGUUCUUACUCUUUCAGUCAGAAAAGCUGUUUGCAACAUACAUAGCA